AUGUCAGCCAGCUUCAAAACUUUAGUUCUUAUCGCGUUCAUACUCCGCUUCCAAUUUCGUCAGCUGGCUUUAACCAAUAGACAUUCAUUAUGUUCCCGAGGCGAAAAAGUGGUUAAACUUAAAAAAAAUUGGCAGGAGAACAUUGCGCAGUUUGAUCAAAUGAAAAAAGAUUUAAGGGACCGUCAGAAAGCCAUUAUGGAGUUUUAUGCGCUAAUGCGAAAUACCCACCAAAAGAUGACUGGUCUGGGACAUAAGGUGAUCCUGCCACCUCCUGAUGACUUGCACAUCAUGAAUGUAGCCAAGCUGACUGCAGAUCAGCUGCUACACCUCUGCUCUGUCCCUCAGUCUGAUAGGAAUAUUAAAGGUAGUCAGUCAUCAACUAAAACACCACUGACCGUGGACUUGAACAAGUUAUAUAAUAUGCCUUCGAAGUUAGUUGCCACUUGUGAACAAACCCUUUUUAAGAGAAAGGAGAUAAUAGAUUGGUUUGAAACUUUGAAAACGGAGGAAAAGGGUAUUGGCAUGCACAAACUAUCCAAGAAGAUAAAUGAAUUCAAUGCAGAGAAUGAAAUGUUAAAGUGCUCUUUGGGACAAGCUAAAGGAGAGUUUCUCAAAGAAUUGACCGACAUAAUAGAGUUUUUGAGAAAAACUGCGAACGACACAGUUGCCCUACAACUGCGCAUAGAGGAGCUGACAUGCGAGUUGUCUGAUCUUAAUUCACAGAAUUGUGAUUUACGAAAACAGAUCCAUAAUUCCGAUCACCUGCGGUCACAGAUAAAUAAAAACAAAGUUGAAGAGCUUGAAAAGGAACUCAAGGAAGAGAAGUGUAAGAAAAUAUUUAUAAAGGACCGUUUAUCUCGAGCGGAGGGUCAAAUCAAGAUGGGUACAGAGCGCGCGUCUCAAUUAGAAGCAGCUCUUGAACAGGCACGGUCACAGAUCUGGACGCUGGAACGCACCGUCCAACAAUUACAUGACCAGUUAUUGACAGAAAAAACUAAAUUUCAGAACCGAAAACUACAAACCGAAUUUGAUAAUGAACUUAACAAAUUAAGAGAAUCUAUCAGAGAAAACACGACGCAUUUGGAAGAGAUUGGAGAAGCUCGUGAAAAAUUACAAGCUGAAAAGGAAGAUUUAGAGAAGCGGCUCGGUGACCUGUCGAAUUAUUAUAAUGAAUCGCUUCAGGCUUUAAAACAUGAUAUGAAUAUAAAUGUAGCUAAGCAUAUUGAAACUGAAAAAAAAUACGAAGAAGAGAGAGAAGAAAGAAAAAAGGUUGAAGAAAGAUUGGAGGCAGUGUGCAACCAAUUAUUAGAAACCGAACUUGGAGCAAAAGAAUUGGCAAAAGAGUUGCAGGAGACGAGAAAUAAAAUAAAUAACGCAGUGACAUUUGAACAAGAGUUAUUAGCGGCUAAACGAGAUUUAGAGGAAGCAACAACACAAAUUAAAGAUUAUAGAACAAGGCUGAAUGAACAAAGUGAAACGAUAAAAGAGUUUGAGAAUAAUAUCAAAGAGUCAAUAAGUUUGGAAGAAACUUUGAAAAAUACUCUAUUUAGCAGGGAAGAGUAUAUUGCCGAACUUGAAAAGAAACAAUCGUUAUUAGAACACCAAUUACAAGAAAGUCGUGCACUCUUGAUAGUGGUCGUGGUCAUGUGUCAGUCGAGUCUUGCGCCACCACCGCCUCUCUUGCGAUGCGACGCCAUGAACUUCUAUGUUUGGCGGCUAGGGAGUUUUCGUUGA